CAGGCGCAGUCGGCCUUCCUUCCCUCGGCUCCCAUCGCAGUGCGCCCGCCGCGGCGGAGUGGAGCGGCGUCUGUCCGCCGCCGUCCUCCGCGUCUCCCGAGCCGGGCACGCGCACCCUGCGGAUCUGCGAGCGCCGCCGAGCGCGGGCGGCGGCCGCGGCGGGUCCGGCAGCUUAGGUUGUCUUAUGAUGAGGCCUCUGCUAUGGCUAACGACCCCUUGGAAGGCUUCCAUGAGGUGAACCUUGCUUCACCUACUUCUCCAGACCUCCUUGGUGUGUGUGACCCGGGAACCCAAGAGCAGACUACCUCCCCGAGCGUCAUCUACCGGCCACACCCUUCGACGUUAUGCACCGCCCCUAUCCAGGCCAACGCCUUAGAUCUUUCUGAUCUUCCCACACAACCCGUGUAUUCAUCCCCGAGGCAUCUAAACUGUGUAGAAAUCUCUAAUAUCAGCAUUCAUGUUCCGGACCCAGCAGCAUCGGUGGCCUCUGUGGUGGCAGCCGGGCUCACGAAGUUAACCCCAAGGAAGGACAGCUGUAAUGCAGAGAGGGAGUUUCUGCAGGGCGCCACUGUCACGGAGGCUUCCACUGGCAAUGAGGACAUCUUUGGAUUGAGCACAGAUAGCCUGUCCCGUUUACGAAGCCCAUCUGUUUUGGAAGUUAGAGAGAAGGGCUACGAAAGGUUAAAAGAAGAACUUGCCAAAGCUCAGAGGGAAUUGAAGUUAAAAGAUGAAGAAUGUGAGAGACUUUCGAAAGUGCGAGAUCAACUUGGGCAGGAGUUGGAAGAACUCACAGCUAGUUUAUUUGAGGAAGCUCACAAGAUGGUGAGAGAGGCUAACGUCAAGCAGGCCACUGCGGAGAAGCAGCUGAGGGAGGCGCAAGGGAAGAUUGAUGUACUGCAGGCUGAGGUGGCCGCGCUGAAGACACUCGUACUGUCCAGUUCUCCAACAUCACCUCAGGAGCCUCCUCUGGCGGCUGCUAAGACCCCCUUUAAAAGGGGGCACACGAGGAACAAAAGCACAAGCAGCGCCAUGGCUGGAAGCCACCAGGACUUCAGUGUGAUCCAGCCAAUCGUCAAGGACUGCAAAGAGGCCGAUUUAUCUCUGUAUAAUGAGUUCAGAUCUUGGAAGGAUGAGCCCACGAUGGACAGAACAUGCCCUUUCCUAGACAAAAUCUAUCAGGAGGAUAUCUUUCCAUGUUUAACAUUCGCAAAAAGUGAGCUGGCCUCGGCUGUCCUGGAGGCCGUGGAGAACAACACUCUAAGCAUCGAGCCAGUGGGCCUGCAGCCCGUCCGCUUCGUGAAGGCGUCCGCUGUCGAGUGCGGAGGGCCAAAAAAAUGUGCUCUCACUGGCCAGAGUAAGUCCUGUAAGCACAGGAUUAAGCUAGGGGACUCCAGCAGCUAUUACUAUAUUUCUCCGUUUUGCAGAUACAGGAUCACUUCUGUAUGUAACUUUUUUACAUACAUUCGGUACAUUCAGCAGGGACUUGUGAAGCAGCAGGACGUCGAUCAGAUGUUUUGGGAAGUUAUGCAGUUGAGAAAGGAGAUGUCGUUGGCAAAGCUGGGAUAUUUCAAAGAGGAACUCUGACACGCUGUGCGGGGCCGUACCUGCUGCUCCUCCCUGGACCACUGAAGGAUGACUGAACAUUUUUAUGGUUACUCAAUAUUUAUUUCUAAGGAGAGGGCAAAGACUUCCCUCCUCUUGCACACUACACUGAGAAGUGCUGUGAUUUCUUUUACACUGACUGAGCUGAACUUGUGUAUCCCAUAAUGGAGCAGACUAUGAAGAAUUGCAGGCCUGCUAGUGAUGGUCACUCAACACUGCAAAUCAAAACCACCAAAUAAACACCAGAUGGAA